CCGCCGCCCGCCCCGCGCCUCCUGCCGCGCCCGCCCGCUCCCCCUCUCUCCCCGGCACUGCCGCAGAGGCUCCACCGCAACGCGAAGCCCACACAGCCGCUCCGGUCCGCCCCUUCUCUGGUCUGUCACGCUCGGCGGCUCCUCCGGGAGGCUCCUCGCUCCCUCCCGCAGCCUCACGCCGCGAGAAGGAGGCAGCGGCAGCGGCAGCGGAGGGAAGUGCCGCGGCUCUCCGCUGCCUGCCCCCGGUUGAAUAUUACAGCUUCACAUGUGCUUGGACUUUUUUUUGCUGAUGUCCAACACAAAAUAGAUAUUCCAAAAAGUAUUCAGCAGGUACCUCUGUGACAUAACAACAGUCUUUCUUUGAUACAAGAUGGAGGACACAUACAAAGAUAGGACUUCACUAGUGAAAGGAGCCAAAGAUAUUGCCAAAGAGGUGAAGAGACAAGCAGUUAAAAAAGUGAAUAAAGCUGUUGACAAAGCCCAGGAUGGUUACACACAGAGGUCCUACAAUCGAUUCCAGGAUGAGGAAGAUGACGAUGAUUACUAUGUCCAAGGAGGAAAUUAUGGUGUAGAAGCUAAUGAUGAUGAAGGAUCAAGUGAAGCAACUGAAGGACAUGAUGAAGAUGAUGAAAUUUAUGAAGGGGAGUAUCAGGGAAUCCCCAGCAUGGGGCAGGGAAAGGAUGACAUGGUGGCCUUAGGUCAGCCUAUGCAUGAUGAAUAUAAGGAUCGCCAUGAACUGGAAACGGAGAGAAAAGCUGAUGAAGAAGAGCUAGCACAGCAAUAUGAAUUAAUAAUACAAGAAUGUGGCCAUGGUCGUUUCCAGUGGGCCCUCUUCUUUGUGUUGGGAAUGGCCCUGAUGGCUGAUGGGGUGGAAGUUUUUGUAGUUGGAUUUGUGUUGCCAAGUGCUGAAACAGAUAUGUGUAUACCGAAUUCUGGAUCAGGAUGGCUUGGUAGCAUAGUGUACCUUGGGAUGAUGGUGGGGGCAUUCUUCUGGGGAGGCUUGGCAGACAAGGUGGGAAGGAGACAGUCACUGCUGAUAUGUAUGUCUGUCAAUGGAUUCUUUGCCUUCCUUUCAUCAUUUGUCCAGGGCUAUGGCUUCUUCCUCUUCUGUCGCUUGUUUUCUGGAUUUGGGAUCGGUGGAGCACUGCCAACAGUCUUCUCCUAUUUUUCGGAAGUGCUUGCUCGGGAAAAACGAGGUGAACACCUGAGCUGGCUCUGUAUGUUUUGGAUGAUUGGUGGUAUUUACGCUUCUGCAAUGGCUUGGGCAAUAAUUCCUCAUUAUGGAUGGAGUUUCAGCAUGGGAUCUGCCUACCAGUUCCACAGCUGGCGAGUAUUUGUGAUCGUCUGUGCACUGCCCUGUGUCUCUUCUGUGGUAGCCCUGACAUUUAUGCCGGAAAGCCCACGGUUCCUCCUGGAGGUUGGAAAACAUGAUGAAGCUUGGAUGAUACUCAAGCAAAUUCAUGACACAAACAUGCGUGCUCGUGGUCAGCCUGAGAAAGUCUUCACAGUUACCAGAAUCAAAACACCAAAGCAGAUAGAUGAGCUCAUAGAAAUAGAGAGUGAUACCGGAACUUGGUACAGGAGGUGUUUUGUAAGAAUCCGCACAGAGCUGUAUGGUAUUUGGUUGACGUUUAUGAGAUGCUUCAACUACCCAGUGAAGGAUAAUACGAUCAAACUUACGGCUGUAUGGUUCACCCUGUCUUUUGGCUACUAUGGCUUAUCUGUCUGGUUUCCUGAUGUCAUUAAACAUCUGCAGUCAGAUGAGUAUGCAUCCCGAGUGAAACAUUUCCGCAAUGAGGAGGUUUCACACUUUGUCUUCAACUUCACACUGGAAAAUCAGAUUCACAGCAAUGGAGAAUACAUCAAUGACAGGUUUAUUAUGAUGAAGUUUAAAUCGGUAACAUUUGAAGAUUCACUUUUUAAGAACUGUGUGUUUGAAGACAUUACUUCACUGAACACAUACUUCAGGAACUGUACUUUUGUGAAUACCACCUUCUACAACACAGAUCUCGAGCAGUAUAAAUUUGUUGACAGUGAAUUGAUAAAUUGCACAUUUUUUCACGUCAGGACAGGAUGCCAGAUUUCUUUUGAUGAUGACUACAGUGCCUACUGGAUCUACUUUGUUAAUUUCCUGGGAACUUUGGCAGUGUUACCAGGGAAUAUUGUGUCUGCUCUCCUGAUGGAUAGAAUAGGACGGUUAACAAUGCUAGGUGGUUCCAUGGUCCUUUCUGGCAUCAGCUGUUUUUUCCUGUGGUUUGGGACCAGUGAAUCCAUGAUGAUAGGUAUGCUGUGCCUCUACAACGGCCUCACCAUCUCAGCGUGGAACUCUCUAGAUGUCAUUACUGUGGAGCUGUAUCCUACAGACAGAAGGGCAACAGGCUUUGGCUUUUUGAAUGCACUAUGCAAAGCUGCAGCUGUACUUGGAAACCUAAUAUUUGGUUCCCUUGUUGGUAUCACCAAAGCAAUCCCUAUUCUCCUUGCUUCUACUGUUCUGGUAUGUGGAGGUCUGGUAGGACUUCGGCUUCCUGAUACAAGAACACAGGUGUUGAUGUAAAUGGGAAAAAUGGGAAAAACAUUUACUAUUUAUUUCCUUCUUUGUACAAAUGUCAACUCUCCUGACCAAUGGUGCAAAGGCUUCAGAUUCUCAACACAGAGUACAGUGCUCAAAUGUCAGAAAUCAAACUCAAAAGAUACUUUGGAGUAGCAGAGAUUUAGAAACCUCUGUAUGAAAAUUUAAAUUUCACUUUUGUUUGCUUGCAUACAUUAAUGUUCAAAACCAUUUAACUUCAAACUGCAAAGCUACCUCUUAAAACAGUUUCGGUGACAUAUCCAUGAAGGUAAAAAAUAUACUGAUUACCAGAUAUUUAAAAUGAAAGCAGUCACAUUGUUUAAAAAUCACAUGCUAAAUUUGGCCAUGGCAUUGUGAGCUUUUGUAAUAUACAGAUGUGCAAGUCAAUUACUUAGCAGUAUUGGUGCAGAGAAUGUUAAUGUAUCAAUGCAUGCAGCAUUUAUCAGGAAACUCUACAGAUCGCAUCAGUACUGAGAACACUGAUCUUCUGCAGCUGUGCUUAGGUGGUAAAAACUUGUGGCAACAGUUCUUGGUAAACAUUUUUAGGCAGUUUCAAUCUAAAGUAAAGAUUACCAACUACACCGCGUGUUGGCUGAGGAGAAGGCAACAACUACUACAGGGAAUUUAAAAGUCCAUAUGCAUUAAAGAGAAUAACAAAAUGAACAUUUUCACUCUUCACUGCUGAUCCUUCAGAAAAAUUUUGCUUUAUUCUCACUUGUGGCAUCUGGAAUAUUUUUUCCAUUUUAAAACUGUGAAUUAAUGCAAAUAUUUUUGUUGUUUGAAGUAUGAAUAAAGGAAGAAUCAGGCCAGUGAACUACACGGUAAGUAAGAUACUUUUAGAGGUUUGUUUGGUAUUUAUAUAUAUAAACAACUUCAUAUUUUCAUAGUUUAUACACUUAUUUAUAUAAUAAUUUUCUCAGCUAAUUUUAAAUAGUUCUAGAGAGGUCUCACCAUUUAAUACUUUCAUUUGUCUCUCUGAAAGGCCAUUAAGAAAGAAACCAUGACAAGGCUGCAGAGAGUGGUAAUGUUUUUAUUAGACCAAGAGCAUGGAUGGAGUGUAAAUGGCAGUAAAUCUAUUCCUUCUGUGCUGUGGACUGUUAUGGAUUACCGUAAAGUUCCCCAUCAGUCUUAAUGCUAUAUAAAAGGUUAUGGAAUCUAUUUAAAAUGUUAGCAUUAAAAAUUUAAUACAUAUGCAUUGAUAUAAAGUUAUCAAAGAGGCAGAUCUUCUAAUGACAGAAACUGGCCUUGCUUUCAGUAGAGCUAAGAUAACUUGUAGUAGCUGAUGAACUAGCUGCAGUUUCAAGUGUCAAAUAACAAAUUUUCUUUACAACAUACAGAAAAAAUUAUCAGUAUUUUUUUCUAAUUAUGUUUGACAACAAUUAUUAGCUAUAUGAAUUGUUGCCAAAGAAAUUGGCUUUCAGAUAAUGUCAUUGUGUCGUAAGAAAGAUUUUUUUUCAUUAAUUUUUCCUUUGCUAUUACAUGUGAACUUAGAUUUGGGUACUAGUAUCUAUCACUGCAUUCUGUAUCAGUCAUUGUCAUAUUAAAAGACUCAGUAAAAGACUACAUAAAAAGAUCGCUCAAUACAUUUAAAGUUCACUGUUUAAUCUACUGAUUUUAGAAGUGACAGUUACUAACAAAUGCCUGUGCUAUGUAUUGUAGUACAAAAAAUAUUAGCCCAAGAUGUGGUUUUCUGCUAUUACAUUAGAAAAGUGUCAGAAUUAAAAAAGCAUGAGUAUGAAAAACUAGGGGGCAUUAUUUUGAUGGUGAUAAUUUAAAUAUGUUACAGUAAGAAAAAAAAUUAGAAAGUGUAUUUAUUUUGAAAUAUUAACAGUCAAGAUAUCUGAGAUGAAAUAUUUUAUGUUUAAAUCUGACUUAAACAUGUCUUUUAAAUUUCUAGACUAUGCUAAUAAAGGAGGAAGAUUAAUUUUUUACUAAAUUCUAGGAUAAGAACAAAAUCCUGGUUUCAUUUUUACGUCUACAGCUUUUGUCCACUAGUCAUAGCCUUAAUGUUAUUUCAAGGCUGUUUUCUGCAAUGAGUAUUGUAUUUGAGCCCUAUUUCUCUGUACCAUUCAUUAGUAACACAUGUUCACGUCCUUGUACUUACUGCCUAAGUUAUUUUGAAAUCUGAAGCCUCUGUACAUAUUUGGAGUAAACAUUAAAAGCAAUGGUAAAAUAUUGCAUUAUGUUUCUAUGCACUGUCCUCUUGCAGUAGUAUAUUCUGCCCAUCUCUGCGUGUAAUUACCAAAAACAUUCAGAUACGCUUCAUACUACCUGACCAGCUUGGAGGAAAUGGGCCAUAGGAAAAUAAGAUUCAGCUUUUGAGGGCUGUCGUUCAAAUUUAACUCUCUAAAAUCUCAUUACAUGUAAAACAAUGUCGAUUUCAACGCUAGUUCUUAUUCUAAAUCCUGACAAUGUCAUGAGUAUGUGGUUAAGUCUGGAUGAAAUGUAAUAUAGCAAUAACAGAAUUAGUAAAUGUUAAAAAAUUCAGGAUUAUGGAGACCUUGUAUAGUCCAGAAUUAAGUGAAUGUUCUAAGGUAGGGGUAAAAAAAGAAUAAUAGUGGGUAGGAGUUGGGAGAAAAAGUAAAUGGAAGAGAUGAACAAAUUAAAAAAUCCACCAACAUUUCCAACAUAUGAAACAAAACGUAAAGUUAGAAUUUCCCUAGGUGAUGAGCUAAUUGGGUCAACAGAUUUGAACUAGUAUGCAAGCCAGGAUCAAAGUUGUUUGAACAACCAACAGUUUUUGCUUGAGUGCAGUAAAGAUUCAUCUCACAAAGACAAAAGAAGUGACUACAACUUCAUGCUACAAAUGACUUGGUGAGAUAGGUGCAAUCCACAAACUUGAUCAGAAAUCCUUAAUUUAUGGAGAUCUGGACACAAAUAGUACUCACAUUAUAAACAAAAGUAAUUUGACCAAUCUUUAGUGAAUCUGUCUUUUUUUGCAGCCUCACAAGCAAUCUCAGGUAAUAAAUACUGGAUGGUAGGAAUGGCACUCCCUUUCUAUGUCUAUUCACUUAUGUCUGAAACAAAGAAUCACUUAGUGCCCUGUUUAUAUCCCUUAUACACCAGAGAAAAUCAAACUUGAUAACAUUUGUACGUUACAGAUAUAAAACAAAUGUAAUCAGAACUACUUAUUUAUCUGCUAACUGGAAAUUCCUGUCAGUCUAAAUUGAAGUAGGAUAUAGCAUCUAGCGUUAUCCUAUACAGAUGAAAACUCAUCCCAACAGCAGCAAUGACAAAAAGUACAAUGGCCCCUGAAAACAGAAAAGACUGACAGUAUUUAGAAUGCUAUUAACUACGACGAUCAACUAUUUUGAAAUUUGAAAACUGUCCAUGAAAGAGACCACAUGUUUUCAUUUUUGGCAAAGAAAUUUUGUUUGAAUUAGUUUUACUCCUUACAGGUUGUGUAACAGUAGAGUUUGACUUAGCAAACUCUUAUUUCUUGAAAGCAUCUUAUCCAUUAUGUUUGUAUGUUUUAACCAGGUUGGCAAUAUCCGUGUUAGCACCUUGUUGCUUAGAAGCAUGUGCUACAACAUUUGGUGUGCAUUGCAUUGACUGCUGAGUGCAAGCUUCUAGCAAGGGAACCAAGAGUAGAUGUAAAUGGUGGAGUGCUGAAGAGGAUUGAUAAUGAAUGAUGUAUUGGAAAACCUUCCUCCCUAUGCAUGAUUUUAAGCAGUCCCCUUACAGAGUUGUGUACAACACGGCUUGGACACUGGUGAAAAAGGGUUAGCCUUCCUACCUGAUGGCUCCUGUAGUCUACUCCUCCUUUAUCAUCUUGGGAAAGAGGGGCAAAGUUAAGAUUGCUAGCUCAAGCUCUGCUCACUUUCUCUUCAUGCCAUUCCAUUUUUUCCAUCCCAAAUUACUUUUCUUACUAGACGACCAAUCUUAAUGUAAAUCAAAACUCCUUCUGUUCUCACCAGCUUCUGACUUCCUAGUAACAUUUGGUAAGAAGUUUUGCCACAUAUCUUUUGCAAUUUGGCCAUACCUUUUUAAAACAAUAUGGAAAGCAACCACAGAAGUCCUUCUGUGAAUACUAUCCUUUUGAGGCAGACAGAUCCCUACGUAUCCAGAAGGCUGACCUAAUACAAGGAGAGGUAUCCUCUCAGAAUGGCCCCUGUUGGGGUCCUGCUGUGGGUACAGAUAUGGGGGAAUCUUAUUGUCUGUGCACCUAGCUCAGCCCCAUUUGGAGGAAAUAAUAUUCUGUAUCCUUUUUUUCUUUUCCUACCACUAUGGAGCCUUGUCUUCAUCUAACUACUCCUGAGACACAACUGCUGAUUCCAAUUCUCAGCAAUGUAAUAUAGUCCUCAGCCCCUCAAAUGGACAGCUUCUGUGUGCUGGGCUUUAGCUCUCUUCCCCAUUGUGAGUGUUAAAUUAAUCCUUAUUAGUCAGAGAAAGAUGUUUACAUCCAGUCACACCUCUUUACCUAAACAAGAUGAUAUCAUGCUAAUACAAUGAACAGGCCAUGUUUCCUGUUUAAUAACCUGGAAAUGCAAUUGAAAUUUCAAUCACAAUGUUAAAAAUGAAUCCUUGCACUCAGGGGGUCAAAGACACAAGAAGUGAAAACAGAAAUACUCUACUUCCUCUGGUGUUUUGAAAGAAAACACAUGUUCAGUAAGCAUAUUGCUGAAGAAAACAUGUCUGAGAAACUGCUUUUCCUCUAUAUUUCCUGCCUUCUUGUUCAUUAAACUUACUGCAAAAUAUUAGGUAUUUACCUGCAUUAGUACUUUCCAAUGCUGCUAGUCCAGGAAAUGCAGUAUGAAAAUACAGACUUUUGCCUGUAGUUUUAAGGUAAGCCAGGGAUCGGGCAAUCAUGUGGAAUUAGAAAAGACAUGUUAGCCAGAAAAUCUGGAACUCAGUUCAAAACUUGAAUUAAAUAAAAUGCAUCAGUUUAUAAUGCUCCUUGCAGAUCUCCCUUACCUUCACUUAAACUCACACAGUCUACAAUCAGACCAUGUGCUGAAGUUAGCCUCAUUUGCUUUCUUCUAAUGUCAGUAAUUUUAACCAAGUGUUGCAAAAUAUUUUCGGAUACACUAUCAUCAUCUGCAUUUUUUAUUUUUUUUUUUUUUUGUAGUGGUAAAUUCACUACUUCUUCCUGUAAAGACUUCUUCCUGUAAAUUCACUACUUCUUCAACAUUUAGUCCUAUUCUAGAUGUAUAAGAUUGCUACAUAGAACUCCGUCCACAUUCAGGACUUGUCUUUGAUGCAGUGACUUAGCAUGUCAAAAACAGGAAAAAGACAAAUUGGGCCUGAUUGAUUUACUUUUCUUAUUUAAUAAUAUGUUGAAUUAUCUACAAAGAUGCUAGCCUAUAAUACAUAACUCUGCUUUCUAGUUUGAGUACAUCCCGUGCAACUAAAAAUGAAUAAAGCAGUAAUUUUUGGCAGUCUUUUCCCACAAGAUACAUACAGUCUACAUUUACUAGGACCAAAAUGCUUAGGGAAAAAUACAGUGCAAUUGCUUUAUGGGAUAAACAAUCUAACUUGCUUGACAAAAAUCUAGAACAUGUUGCUCACUUCUGAUUAGUACACAGUUCAAUAACAAAAGAUUUGAGAAUACUUAACAGCAAAAAUAUUUGGAUGACGAUGACCUGACACAAAAGUAUUGUUCUUUCCACUCAGGCUAUUCAUGAAUGCACCUUUUAAUGCCAUGUAACCAAGAAGAUUUGUAGAGACCUUACCCCCACUCUGGCCAUCAACACAUCUGAGUUGUAACCACACACAUCAGUCCACAAGUGAGAGAGAGAGAGAAAGAGAGCUGGCAGGCUGGCCUUCAGCACUCUCUUCACAGCAAGCCACCUAAGUUCAUUUUGCUUGCAUCCCAAGGAUCUGCUUUUUUGCUUAGCUUCCUGCUUUCUAAUUUUGGCAUUCGGUUUUCACCAGUAGUCCUGACCAAACAAUCUGAAACCAAUUGCUGCUAAAGGACAGCACUCAUAACUCACUGCAAGCACAGUACUCUGCAGGAGUCCAAUGUCUUAUAUGUUGUUCCAGUUUCAUUUGUUGUCUAGAGCUAGAGUUGUCAGCUAGCAUUUCUGUCUUGCAAUACUGCAUGUAUUCUUACCUAUAAGACAUAUCUUAUAUCCUCUUAAUGUCUACCUUGUAAAUAUAUGCUUGUCCCCUCACUGACUGUGUGAUAAAAGUAAUUUUUGAAUCUUACAUAGGUUUGUCUUACCCAGUUAAAAUAUGAUCCUUCAAAAGAAGAAGAUCAGGAAAAAUAAUGAAAUGGAAUCAAAUUAAAUGCAAACCAUGAAAAGUAAGAAAUCAAGAUGUAGCCUUCAAUUACUUCUAUUUUCUCAGAUGUUUUCUUUAAAUCCUAGCCUGCAGCUACAAAAUAUUGGAUAUUUUAAAGAAGUAUUACACAGUUAGAGGUGAAUACAUAUACAGAUACACAUGUGGGUAAGUAUACACACAUAUGUACACAGUCACCUCUCUAUAACACAGGUGGAUGUAAGACUUAAAACCAUGUUCUCAUCUCAUUCUAUAUGACAGAUUUACUUUCUGCAUUGUGCAUUAUGCUUUGAACAAAAAUAACAUCUUCUUGUGCAGAAACCUUUACUUAAUCUUGCAAAAUUGUUGGGAUACCAAGAUUCAUCUCAACUGGCCAUUAGCUUUCAGACAUUGGAAGAGAAUUCCUGAGAUGGUCUGAAAAAUGAGCUUUGACUUAGCUGUUGCCUUCCCCUGCCUGCCCAGCCCAUCCUACUGCCCCGCCACACUGUGCCAAACAGCAAAACAGCAUGCAAAGGCACUGGUUGUAUUCCAGUGACUAGGAGACACAGCGCUCUCAGAUACAUAAACUCCUAAAAGCUAUGACUUCUGUCUUAUUCAACCGAAAGGCCUUCAAAAUGGUCCAUGGGGAUAUCAACAUGCUAACUUCUGAGUAAUGUAUGAGAAAAUGUCUGUGAUUUCCUGUAUUGUAUGUUUUUCAUUGUUUAUAUAUACGUAGUUGCAGUCGUUCUAGUGAUGUGGUUAAAAAAUUAUUUGCUGCUGUUCUUAUCAGCAAUCUUUGACCAGCCUGAAACAGAGCCAUUGCCAGGGUGUCUUUCAAUUAAUGAUUAACACCCAUGAAGAUCUUCUACAGUAAUUAGUGCCAUAUAAAGUCAUGGUGGCUACAAUUCAAGCACAUUCAUUGUGAAAAUAUCAGCACAUGCACACAGACCAAUGAUGGUGGAAAGAGCUCUUUCAAAAGCUCUGGCAUCUGCUACAUUGCUUCUUCCCUCUUUGCAGGAUGCUCACUGUUUACAGUGUGCUUCCUUUGGUAGGGGACAUGCAUUCACGUUACAGAAGUAAGAAAGCAGAAGACAGGGUGUAUUCCUUCUAAAGGAAGGAAUGUAUAUUUGCUACAGAAAGGCCAACUCUAUAAUAAGAUUAAAAACAAACAACCAAGCAGCUUGCUAUUCUUUUUUAUUCCCAUUUGUUAUAUAAGUUGAUAAGCUUAAUACCAGUCUAUACCAAACCUUUGGGAGGAGACUAAGAAAGGCUAGCAAUGCUUAUGUCAUAGUACUUUUCAGAAGGUAGGAAUUUACAAGGAGAAAAUAUAUACUCAGUGUAUGAGGCCAUAGCAUAUAGAUUUUAAUUGUGAUCAUGAGCUAACAGUUUUAAGUAGAAAAUUGUUAUUCACAUCUAUAGUAGCAGUAGAUAAUAUUAACUUCUAUGUGGCAAUGACGAUUAACUUGUAUCACAUACUUGGCCUCAAAUAUAUACAAUAUACAUAAUUAGGUAUUUUUUUAAGUAGGCAGUUUCCACUGCAGUGUAAUGUCAUAUAUGCAGAAGUUGAGUAUCAAGGAUGAGGUACAGAAAGGUGAGUUUUUUGCCUUCACUGCAUUUUACUGGCAUUGUUAGGUUACUGAUUUUGUUUGUUAGUGUUUUCUAAUGCUAAGCAAUAGGAGAAAAACGUGUAUUCUUUCCUAGUUUUUUUGUGGUUAUUUUCUGUUUGCAGUUUCCCCAUCUAAACUUCCACUCAAAUUUCCAACUGCUCUGAGUCAACUGGCAACACAAUUUUUCAGUCUUCAGUAUACAAACACACAGGUAUAUUAGUGUGCACAUGUCAAGAAAAUGAUAACCAUUUCUGACAGUCUCCAUUUCUCGGUGCAAGGGAACAUGUACAUAUUGUAUAUACGGGUAACAAGCUACUUUGAAGUUGAAUUGUCAUUUAUACAGGGGAAUUCGACUUCAGAUCUGCUAAUCUGCAGCAAGAUCUUGGCAAUGGUCCUGACCUCGCUCCUUCUUUCUUUGUUUCCUUUACUGCUCUGUGUGAUCUCCUGUAAAGCAAGUUACAAUCAUCACUAUUGUAUAUAUGUGUUUGCAUGUGUGUGCCUUGAUAAAUUCUCUCUUUCAGAGUUCUGAAUUUUUCAUUUCAAGUCCAGCUGGUACAAUUGUGAACUCAUCUUUCCAGUAUCCUCCUCUUUGUCAGAUUGCCAGCUUCCAAAAUGUUUGACCAAGUGUUUUUAAUUAAGUCCCCUGAGGAAAGCUGUCUGUAUAUUUGUGAAAGGGCAUGCUCCGUGUAGGAUGACUGUGUACAGUAUAAAUCUGUAAAAUGUGGAAGUAUUUAUAAAUUUAUCUGCAAAAUAUUUAUCAUCUGUGUAACAAAUGCAAAGUUAUUUAGUGUACAUCAGAUUAAUAAAUGGGGAUGAUUUUUGGCUCUGCUAUAUUAAAAUAAAGAUUUGUUCUCUGCAACGAACACAUA